AUGCAGAAUUGGGCACUGAGCAAACAGGAACCUGGCCAGUUUACGGGUUCAACCGGGGUCAAGGUUCUGUCGCAGGAGGAACUCUCAGCAGGCCACCAAGCCUGGGCUCGGAAGGAGCAGUUUAAGGAGGCUGCCCCUGUCAGACCACAGUUCGGGCUGAAGAUGCUGCAGAAGAUGGGCUGGUCACCAGGGGAGGGCCUUGGCAAGAACAAGGAGGGCACUCUUGAGCCCCUUCUGCUUGAUGUCAAGAUGGACAAGAAGGGUUUCCACGCCCAGGAAGAGCUGACCCCCAAAAAACAACCAAUCCCCUUGGCUAAGGAUCUCUCGGGCAAGCAUCCAGUGUCCGCCCUGGUCGAGCUUUGCUCCAAGAGGAAGUGGUCGCCUCCUGAGUUUGAGAUGGUCUUCGACUGCGGCCCCGAGCACAAGAAAAACUUCCUCAUGAAGGUAAUGGUAAACGGCCAGGAGUACAAGCCUUCAGUGGCUGCCUCGACCAAGAAGCUAGCCAAGGCAAACGCUGCUGCUGCCUGCCUCCAGUCACUUGGUCUUUUCCCCAAGGAUCCAGCCAACCCCUUAUGAUACUAGAUAACCAAGACCAAAGAGAACUAUUUGAAGGGGCAGGGAAGGGAAAAUAGCUAAAAGACCCCUUGAAAAGCCUAUAUGGUUGAGGAAGGUCUAGCUAGAUAGGCAUGUUUUUUAUUACUCUGUACUUUUUCUGUCUUUCUUUUCCUUUGUUUUGAUCCAGGGUCAAGGGAGAAACAAGAACGAUCUGGGUCCCUCAUGAUACCAGAAUCCUUGGAAAUAAGUGGAUUGCAUCAUAGAGGGGAAAGGCAGUCGUGACGUAUUAAAGGGGAGAGAAAGAAUGUUACAUGAUGUUAGUAGGGGAUAAUAAGGCUAAGAGAGGAAAAGUGCAAGAGUAUGAGUGUGAAAGAGUGAGUAUGAGAGUAAGGGAGAGCGAGAGAUAGAUGGGGAGCAAGCAAGAGAUAGAGGGGGAGACGAGCAAGAGAUAGAGGGGAAGACAAGCGAGAGAUAGAGGGG